AUGAGGACCACACGUUCUUUCAUCGCACUCCUCUCCUUAGUCUUAGCCGCCACUGCGGCACCGCGCCCCGGCCCGAAGCCAUUCAAAGGUUGCGACCACAAGGUUUUCGAGUCGAUCGAGUCUCCUCCAGCGGGAUGGGCAAAGCAUACCGCCGCGCCCCACCAUGAGCUGAUUCAGCUUCAAAUCGCGCUUUCACAGCCCCGUUUUGGAGAGCUCGAGGACCACCUCCUCCAGAUCAGCGACCCCAGCCACGCCCGCUAUGGCAUGCACCUUUCCAAGGAGGAGGUUCAUGAACUUAUGGCUCCGCACCCCGACUCUCAUGACCUUCUCGUCGAAUGGCUUGUAUCGCAUGGCCUUGAUGAAAGUGCGAUCCUCCGAUCGUCUGCCAAUGAUAUGGUGACUGUCAGUGUGCCUGUCAAUGUCGCCGAGGCCAUGUUCGACACCGAGCUUCAUGUAUACAAACACGCCGAGACUGGCGAAGGCGUCAUUCGUACGACAAGCUAUAGUCUUCCCGAGAUCCUGCAUGACCAUAUCGAGCUCGUCCACCCUCUGACGAUGUACACCUCCAUGAAGCCGCUCAGGUCCAAGGUUCAUUAUGCCGACGGUGCUAUCCAAGAUAUCGUUAUGACCCUUGCUUCUAACAACUUCGGACCGCGCUCCGAGUCCGCUUCCAGCGCCAUCGAUCCCUCGUGCAACUACCAGAUCACCCCGUCCUGCCUCCGCCAGAUGUACAACAUUGGGAACUACACGCCCUCGGCGACGAACGGGAAUGCAAUCGGAGUUACUGCGUUCAUCAACAACUUCGCCAACUUCGAUGACUUCCACAAGUUCUUGGAGCUGCAGGUGCCCGCUGCCGCUGGAGGUGGCGCGAACUUCUCCGUCGUUUCUAUCAGCGGUGGUAUGAACAACCAGACAAACGGCACUGCAGGCUCGGAGGCAGAUCUUGACGUCGAGUACGCCUAUGGACUCACUUAUCCGACUCCCGGGACUUUCUACCCCAUCGCUGGGGCACCCACCGCGAACUGGGUGACGCCGUUCUUAGAUUUCGUCGACUACGCUCUCAAUCAGACCGAUGUGCCCCAGGUGAUCUCAACAAGCUAUGGGCAGGACGAAAACACCAUCCCUCAGAGCUACGCGAACCGCUUCUGUAAGGGCGUCGCCGCCUUGGGCGCUCGCGGUGUCUCGAUGAUUUCCGGCUCUGGAGACUUUGGUGUCGCCGGCUUGGGCGCUGAGUUUGGGAACGACACCCAGCCCGGCCCGUUCCUGAUGCUCUUCCCUGCCUCUUGCCCCUACAUGACUGCCGUCGGCGCGACACAAGGUAUCGAGGAGGUUGCUGCCAACUUCACCCAGUUUGGCGGGUACACCGGUGGCGGCUUCAGUAACUAUUUCCCUCGCCCAUCUUACCAGGACGCGGCCGUCCAGCCUUACCUUGAGUACCUCGGCGAUCAGUAUGAAGGCCUUUACAACAAGAGCGGCCGCGGCUUCCCCGACGUUGCCGCACAAGGCGUCAACUACCUCAUCGUGAACAACACCAUCGUGUCUAACAUCUCCGGCACGUCCGCCGCCACCCCGACCUUUGCCUCGAUCGUGUCGAUGCUCAACGACGCUCGCAUCGAGGCAAACAUGUCCACGCUCGGCUUCCUAAACCCGUUCUUGUACUCCCAGGGUCUUUCCGCCCUCCAGGAUAUCACAAAGGGGAACAACCCCGGAAGAGGCACGCCUGGGUUCAACGCGACCAAGGGAUGGGAUCCUCUUACCGGCCUGGGCACUCCCGACUUCGGGAAGCUCAAGGAUCUAGUCCUCGCGUCCAACUCUACUUUGUGA